UAAACUCCCAAAAAGGCUCCACUUCUCUCUCUCACUUCGUCUCCCUCCCAGGGUCGCAGAGAGACUCCUAUAACUCGGUCGGUCCUCAAAUCCAUCGGCAAUGGCGAACCCGCCGAAGCCAUGGAAGGCCGAGUACGCCAAGUCGGGGAGGUCUUCGUGCAAGUCCUGCAAGAACUCCAUCGACAAGGACCAACUCCGCCUCGGCAAGAUGGUCGCCGCCACACAGUUCGACGGCUUCAUGCCCAUGUGGAAUCAUGCUGGGUGCAUCUUCAAGAAAGGAAACCAGAUUAAGUCUGUUGAUGACGUUGAAGGGGUAGACUUGCUUCGUUGGGAGGAUCAACAGAAGAUAAGGAAGUAUGUAGAGGGUGGAUCUGUGAGCACAACUGCUGUUAGCAAUGAUGGGUGUGCCAUGGAAGUUUCUCAAACUUCUCGUGCUGCUUGCAGGCAUUGCAAUCAGAAGAUUAUGAAAGGAAUGGUUCGUGUCUCCACGAAGGCCGCGGGGCAAGGUUCUCGGGGUCUAGCAUGGCACCAUGUCGAUUGUUUUAUAGACAUGUCUCCAUCCACCAUUUUAGAGAAAAUUUCUGGCUGGGAUAGCCUUUCACCUGAAGACAAGGCGACAGUUACUGCACUUGCUAAAAAGGGUAAAUCUAACAACAACUCAGCUGUAGCACAAGAAAAACAUGCAACAAAAGACACUAAGCGCAAAAAAGUUGGGAGUGAAGAUCGUAACUCUAAAGUUCCGAAAUCUGAUGAAAAUGAUUCAGCAGGUGGGGCAUUGAGUAAGGGAACUGCUGCUGAAUCUGGUAAUGCCAAUUCUAGCUCUACUGAGCUGGAAAAAAAUCUGGAAAAGCAAAGCAAAGCAUUAUGGGAUAUAAAAGAUGAGCUUAAGAAGCAUGUAACAACUGUAGAGCUACGGGAGAUGCUGGAAGCUAAUGGACAAGAUUCAGCAGGAUCAGAAUAUGAUCUACGAGAUCGUUGUGCUGAUGGGAUGCUCUUUGGAGCACUGGGUAAGUGCCCUAUUUGUUCUGGUUCCCUGCAUUAUUCUGGAGGCCAGUAUCGUUGCCAUGGCUAUGUAUCAGCAUGGAGUAAGUGUUCAUACUCCACCACUGAUCCUGUACGUCUAAAGGAGAAAUGGAAAAUCCCAGAUGAAACAAGUAACCAGUAUCUUCUAAAGUGGUUCAAGUCUCAAAAGGCAAAGAAACCUAAUCGAGCUCUUCCUCCAUCUUCUAAUAAAUCUUCAAGCAGCACUUUGGUGCAGUCUCAGCCAUCAAAUGGUGACAAGUUGGAGAAUUUGAAAGUUGCUAUAGUUGGAGAAUCUCGAAAAGCCAUUGAGGAUUGGAAGCACAAAUUUGAGGAGGCUGGGGGAAAAAUUCAUGCCAAGAUUAAGAAGGAUACUAAUUGUUUGGUUUUAAUCGGAGAGAUGGAUGAUGAUGAUUCCGAAAUCAAAAAAGCCAGGAGAAUGAAAACACCCAUUAUGAGGGAGGAUUACUUGCAUGAGUGUAUUAGAAAGCAGAAGAAGAUUCCUUUUGAUUUAUAUAAAGUUGAGGCGGCCUUUGAGACUUCAAGAAGUGAUAUGGUCACUGUGAAAGUGAAAGGGCGAAGUGCUGUUCAUGAGGCCUCUGGUUUGCAGGACACUGGUCACAUUCUUGAGGAUGGAAACAGCAUCUAUAAUACGACAUUAAAUAUGUCUGACCUUUCAACUGGCAUUAACAGUUAUUAUAUCCUUCAGAUUAUCCAAGAGGAUAAAGGAUCAGAUUGCUAUGUAUUCCGGAAGUGGGGUCGUGUUGGGAGUGAUAAAAUUGGAGGGACCAAAUUGGAAGAGAUGUCAAAGUCUGAUGCAAUUCAGGAAUUCAAACGUUUAUUUCUUGAGAAGACAGGAAAUCCAUGGGAAGCAUGGGAACAGAAGAAAAACUUUCAGAAGCAACCAGGCAGAUUUUUUCCACUAGAUAUUGAUUAUGGUGUCAAGCAAGUAUCAAAGAAGGUGGAGUCUGCCAAUACAAAGAGCCUUCUUGCUCCUCAGUUGAUAGAAUUGAUGAAGAUGCUUUUUGAUGUUGAAACUUACAGGGCUGCUAUGUUGGAAUUUGAGAUUAACAUGUCUGAAAUGCCACUUGGAAAGUUAAGUAAAACGAAUAUCCAGAAGGGUUUUGAAGCUUUAACCGAAAUACAAAAUUUAUUAAAUAAUAAUGCUGCACAUGAUCCAGUCAUUAAAGAGAGCUUGAUUGUUGAUGCUAGCAAUCGUUUUUUUACCCUUAUUCCUUCAAUCCAUCCUCAUGUGAUACGAGAUGAAGAUGAUUUUAAGGCAAAGGUGAAGAUGCUUGAAGCUCUUCAGGACAUUGAAAUUGCUUCUAGACUAGUUGGUUUUGACGGUGAAAAUGAUGAAUCUCUUGACGAGAAGUACAAGAAGCUCCGAUGUGAUAUUACUCCAUUGCCUCAUGAUAGUGAAGAUUUUAAGUUGGUUGAAAAUCUCCUUAAUACUCAUGCUCCUACACACAAGGAUUGGUCACUGGAACUAGAAGAAGUAUUUGCACUUGAGAGGGAAGGAGAAUAUGAUAAAUAUGCACCAUACAGAGAUAAACUCCGCAAUAAGAUGCUUUUGUGGCAUGGUUCACGAUUGACAAAUUUUGUGGGUAUCCUCAGCCAAGGACUGAGAAUAGCACCUCCAGAAGCUCCAGCAACGGGUUACAUGUUUGGCAAAGGACUUUACUUCGCUGAUCUUGUUAGUAAGAGUGCACAAUAUUGCUAUGUGGACAAAAAGAAUCCCGUUGGUCUGAUGCUUCUUAGUGAGGUUGCUUUGGGAGAAAUUUAUGAGCUCAAGAAGGCCACAUAUAUGGAGAAGCCACCAAAAGGAAAGCACUCAACGAAAGGACUUGGCAAGACUGUACCUCUGGAGACAGAAUUUGUGAAGUGGCGGGACCAAGUGGUCCUGCCUUGUGGGAAGCCAGUUCCAUCAUCUAUUCGAGCAUCAGAGCUAUUGUACAAUGAGUACAUUGUCUAUAAUACAGCUCAGGUCAAGUUGCAGUUUUUGUUGAAAGUGAGGUUUCAUCACAAGAGGUGAAAGAGUUGCUGAUGUUUUGCAAAUGAUAUUUUUGGGCGAGCCUGGGGGAUGCCAGUAAUGGGCAGGGCAUAAGAUGUGAAUGGUCCUGUAAAGUUGGUGCUUCUUUAGGUACUUACAAGCAUCAAUGUUUUGCUAUGACUAUUUUUGGGUCCCUUGAGUUCGGUUUCUGGUAAAUACAGACUACUCCUGUAAAUUCUCUAGUUCAAUAACAAGUUUCUGUUUGUUUAUCUAAUUGGAUAGCUUCUGUUUGAGAGGAAA